CUUUUAGUGGUUAAAAAACCAUUAACAGCCACCAUGGUGUCACUACUUCGAACUCUCCAGCACCACACCGAUGAGCUGAGCGGCGUUGCCUUCUCUCCGGCCCUGCUCGCCACCUGCUCCAUCGAUAAAACACUUCGUGUCUACAGCACAGCUAACUUCUCGGAGCUUCCCUUCUCCCCGCUCUCGGGUCACGGAUACGGCGUCCACUGCUGCUGCUUCAGCUCGUGCGGCCGCUUCUUGCUUAGCUGUUCCACGGACGGCACCAUCAUCGCGUGGGGAAUGGACACAGGUGAACAAGCAGCGGUGCUCCAACACCCGGACCGUAGUCCGCUGCGCGUGUGCGCUCUGGCCCCAAACUCUUCGCUGCUCCUGGCUGGAGCCUGUGAUGGAACCGCUGCUCUCUGGGACUUCUCCUGCAAGACACUACGCAGAUGCAGUGCAGUGAGUGAAGCCAGUGUCGCCGCCUGCUGCUUUUCUCCAUGUGGCCAGUUUUUCGUGACUGGCUGCAGCCGCGGAGACCUUAAACUGUGGGACGUGGACAUUGGGCUCCUACACAAUGAGAAGGACGCCCAUGACCUGGGGGUGACUUGUUGCAGCUUCGCAAACCAGUUCACAGUUGAUGGCCGCUGCGUGGAGUUUCGACUGGCCUCCUGUGGACAGGACAGCCGGCUGAAAAUAUGGAUCGUUGUCCAGCGUGAAGGAGCAGACUGCACCAUGAAGAUGCGUCACACACUCACCAGCCAUUCAGCUCCAGUCCUGUCCUGUACUUUCUCCUCUGAUGGAGAGAUGAUCGUCUCAGGCUCCGUGGAUAAAAGCGUCCUAAUUCACGACGUGAACCAGGGAACUGUGCUCCACAUUUUGAAGCAUCACACCAGGUAUGUGACGGCUGUAGCUGUGUCUCCCACAAUGCCGUGGAUUGCAACUGGCUCCAUGGACAGAACGGUGAACGUGUGGAGAAUAGGAGACGGAGAGAACACAGUGGCAGCUGAACCCAGUCAGACCGUUUGCCAAGGAAGGAAGUCGCAGGGUCACUCCAGGUCACUGGUUUCUGAUUGGUCUGAAGAGGACGUGCAGAUGUGGCUGCAGGAAGAAGGACUAGGGGAACUGGUCGGCAUCUUUAAAGCCAACAACAUGGAUGGAGCAGAGCUGAUCCAGAUGAAGAAGGAAACGCUGGCAGAGCUGGGAAUCAACUCUCUGGGUCUCCGCAGUCGUCUCCUGAGGAAGAUCAAUGGCCUGAAAGCUCAGCAGAGUAAUUCAGAGGCUCCUGAUGAGUUCCUGUGUCCCAUCACCAGAGAGCUGAUGAAGGAUCCAGUAAUGGCUGCAGAUGGCUUUUCCUACGAGAGAGAAUCGAUGGAGGGCUGGAUCAGAGGCAAGAACAAAACCAGCCCCAUGACUAACCUGCCCCUCCUGACAACACUGCUCACCCCCAACAGAUCUCUGAAGAUGGCAAUAGAACGAUGGACCUCAGGUCAAUAGACAAGAACGUCGUUAUCAGCAGCUGAAAAUACUGGUCACAAGGUGGCAGAAAUGGUAAGUUGCAUAUUUAUUCACACUCACAUUCACACCUGUGGUGUUUUGGACUGUGGGAGGAAACUGUUUGAGCACUUGCCACUUCUGCCAUCAUCUGACCCUUAAACAUCAUAGCAGAUCUCACUACCGUCUUAAAAACCUUUGCUUUCAAAUUUGCUGCGUACUUAAUCAGACCUGACACUCGUCUCUAUCCGCUCCACCUUCGUCUUCAAUUUAAAUGUUAACAAUCCUGACUCCUGCUCUCGUUAAACUUAAUGUCACUGCCAGAAAUGUUCCCAGUGUGAAACGUGUAGUCAUCCCACUGUACCUCAGUUAAAUUAAUUAAAUCAGACAUUUACUGCUAGAAAAUCAUAAUAAUUAAAAAAAAAAAAAACAACAGACCUGGUUGUUUUUCCUCAUAGGUGUCUUUAUUUCUCUCUCCCACGACGGCUGGAGCAGCUCAGUUCUAUUACAGUAUGUGACCACGGCUAUUAAAGCUCACAAUACUGGAAAAAAAAAAAAAACUCGGAAACAACUGCGUUAAAUGUACA